AUCGAUUCGCACCUAGUGAUUGCGUGAUUUGAACUGCUGAGCGCCUUAAGGCCGGGCGCACCCAGAGUUGAUCAGGCUGGAGUGGGCGAGUGAGACAUUACAAUGGCCAAACUAUCACCUGAACAAAUUAAUGUGGCUUCGAUCCGAGCCUAUUAUGACAAUAAAACAUUCACCAACACGACAGAAAUGACAAAUUUGCUUAAAUAUGAAAGUCAACAUUUCAGAUGUAAAGUCCAAUUGGAAAUCAGUGAAUGUAUCGCUGACCGAUGUUGGAGUAUUGGUUUGGUACAAGCUUGUGAUAGAAUGUAUUUGGAAAAUCGUUACGGCCAUAGUGGCAGUUCCUUUUGGGAGUUCCAUCCGUUAAAAAGUGGCCGACACAAAAUGGUCAACGACAGUGACGGGCGGCAAUACCCCUUUUAUAGUUUAACUAGCAGCAAGUUUGAAAUUCGUCGUGGUGUUGUGUCGGAUAGCCUUGUGUCCCUGACCUACGAGGAUCACUUUUAUCCUACGGUUGCUUGGGAAUUGCCUUACUACGGUGGGGCUAAGCUAACAGACGUCAUCAGAAAACAAGACUUUUGGGUUUGGUUGGUUGCAAUCAAGCGCGCAAGCAGCCGCUCAGCAUCUUGUGAUGUAUUUAAUGCGAAACACGAUGAAGUGUACAUUCUGAAAACGAUGCGCUGGCGAUACGGGUUACAUAUGACUUUUGACCCUCAUCAACCUAUAGGAAAGCGUCUACAAAGGAUCUACGAUGUUCAGGAUGAACAACCAAUCAUUUUGGAAACCAACCGACCUUUGCCAUUGUCUGCAUUGAGCCCACCACAUUGCAAUGCGGCUCAAUCACUAAUCUGGUAUCCGAAUAACCCAGCAGAUAAGCCAAAACUGCUAGUCCCCCCGAAACAGAUCAUUGUGCCGUGGGAAACAUGGGCAAAUGACAUGGCUCCAGGACGGGCGUUAAGUGUGAAGAAACCGGACCAAUGUAAACUUGUCGGUGAAUGGGCUCAUGACACGGAGAUUGGGAUCGAUGUGAAUCCGGUUGUUAAAGCCAGCAUCAGCGGUCGAGGAUGGAAAGCGCCAGCUCAGGUAGAUACCACUACCGUGUCAACAUCACGAUCCGCACGAACCCCGAGUCGUCCGCGUGGUUAGUAUUUUUACUAUCGCAGUCAUCAGUGAAAGCAGUUUACCGACUGUAUAAGAUGAUGUUCUGCAGUCAAAAGUAGUGGUUUCAACUGUGGGAACGUUUUGCUGUGGAGGUUUCAGGAAGCUCUCACAUUGCACAGGUAACUUGAUAAUGUGCUCGUCCUCUCUGUCCGCUCACUUCACUAUCUUGCCCCUACUUGCCUUCCACGGUUCCCGCAAUUUUUAUCGCUCACUCCGCAUCACUCCACCGUCCUUUUCAUUCGUUCGGCAUCCGCAUCACAUCCUAGCCUCGUCCGUGUUGUUCUGUCUCACACUCACUAUGUCUUCUUAGUUGUCCUCACUCCUAUCUCCUCUCCUCUCCAACUCCCUUGUCUUUUCGAGAGACGAAGAAGAGUUCGUGUUUUUAUUUUUGCAACAUUAAACCUUUUGUGUGCGAGAUUGAUCCUGUGGUUAUUUUCAAUUAUUUGCAUACAUCAGUUUCCUCUCUGGU